GGGGGACUGAUUGGCUGAAGACCUGCACUGGAGAGCUUCGGACGCCAUAACAGUGAACGAGAAUGGAGGACGAGGAUUACAACAUCUCUGCCUAUGAUGGCGAAUACUCAGACGGUUUUGACUCCAUCGUGGUUUUGGAGGAAUUCCCUACUCUGGAAGCCAGGGUAGCCAGGAUCUUCCUGGUGGCGGUCUACAGCAUUGUCUGCUUCCUCGGAAUCCUGGGCAAUGGCCUGGUGAUCGUCAUUGCCACCUUCAAGAUGAAGAAGACGGUGAACACUGUAUGGUUCCUCAACCUGGCUGUGGCGGAUUUCCUGUUCAAUGUCUUCCUUCCAAUCCAUAUUGCUUACGCCGCCAUGGACUACCACUGGAUUUUUGGGACGGCCAUGUGCAAGAUCAGCAACUUCCUGCUCAUCCAUAACAUGUACACCAGCGUCUUCCUGCUGACCAUCAUCAGCUUCGACCGCUGCGUGUCUGUGCUCCUCCCUGUCUGGUCCCAGAACCACCGCAGCAUCCGGCUGGCCUACACGGCCUGUGUGGUUAUCUGGGUCUUGGCUUUCUUCUUGAGUUCCCCAUCCCUCAUCUUCCGGGACACGGCCAAUCUGCAUGGGAAAACAUCCUGCUUCAAUAACUUCAGUCUGUCCUCAGCCAGCUCUUCCCCGUGGCCUGCCUACCCCAAGAAGGAUGAUGUGGGGUACAGCCGGCACAUGCUGGUGACCAUCACCCGUUUCCUCUGUGGCUUCCUGGUCCCGGUCUUCAUCAUCACGGCCUGCUACCUCACCAUCGUCUGCAAGCUGCGGCGCAACCGCCUGACCAAGACCAAGAAGCCCUUCAAGAUCAUCGUGACCAUCAUCAUCACCUUCUUCCUCUGCUGGUGCCCUUACCACUCACUCUACCUCCUGGAGCUCCACCACACUGCCGUGCCUGGCUCCGUCUUCAGCCUGGGGUUGCCCCUGGCCACUGCCAUUGCCAUUGCCAACAGCUGCAUGAACCCCAUUCUGUACGUCUUCAUGGGUCAGGACUUCAAGAAGUUCAAAGUGGCCCUCUUCUCCCGCCUGGUCAAUGCCCUGAGUGAGGACACGGGCCACUCCUCCUACCCCAGCCACAGGAGCUUUACCAAGAUGUCUUCGAUAAAUGAGAGGACUUCGAUGAAUGAGAGAGAGACCAGCAUGCUUUGA